GAAAGUUCGCCGCGAUGUGGUUUGAGAUUCUCCCCGGACUCGCAGUUAUGGCGACCUGCCUGCUGAUUCCAGGAAUAGCGACUGCGCACAUCCACAAGUUCACUAACGGGGGCAAGGAGAAGAGAGUUGCCCAUUUUCAGUACCAGUGGGGUUUGAUGGAAAGAGAUCGGCGUGUCUCCGGGGUGAAUCGUUACUACGUGUCAAAGGGUUUGGAGAACAUUGACUAAGGCAGCCUUUUUCUGACUGGUGAACAAACGACUUGAUAAUGUUCACCUCCGCCAGCUACAGAAGCGGAUGCAACAUAUUACGAAGUAUGCUAUGUAGCACUUAAUAAAAGUUUAA